UACUAUCACCUCCUAAAAUGUUUUACACCUAUUUACCUAUAAAAGAAUACAUAGGAAAUAGCUAAUCAAUGACCCGCAAUGCACGUAUUUUCUGAUGAUAAUAUGCCAAACCACAAAAAUGAAAUUGUUUUAAUUUCCCAACGAAAUCACGUACGCCCGUUAUCGUCCCACUGUUAUCAGCGUUAUCUCUUAUCUAGCGAUCGGAGCGUAUCGCCAGAACAAUACAGAUGCCAAAAGCUCGUCCGUUCAACAGGUGUAAGCGGGGUGUAUUCGACCGGAACUGAGCGUCGCAUCUGUUGUUAAAUAUGACAAAAAACAGGAUGUGAAUCCACCGACAACAGGCCCUCACCGAGUUAUUUUGUUUCAGUUACCUUUAAACCCUACUGUCGUGUACCCAGAGUUUCAAUGUAUACGAACAAUAUAUAGUAGCGACGUGUGAAAAUGAGUGAUAAGGAGCCUGUGAUAUCGGUGCAUGAUUUGCCCUUGACUUUUAAAGUGAAAUAUUUGGGAAAACGGCCAGCAAAAGGACUAUGGGGCAUGAAACAUACGAGAAGACCAGUAGAAUACAUGGUGGCAGAGGCAAAAAACAUGCCUUCCAAUGUUAUAUUGCCGAUUGUUCGGUUAACUGUAAACAGAGAUGGUAUCCAAAUGGUCAAUAUUACAGACAAACAUGUGAAAUCAGAGACUGUCAGAUUCUGUGUGGACGCUAUAUCUUAUGGAGUACAGGACUUGGUAUAUACCAGAGUAUUCAGCAUGAUCAUAGUAACAGACGACACUCUAGACAACGGAGUCCCAUUUGAAUGCCACAGUUUCGUAUGUGAAUCGAAAGACCAAGCCAGAAGGAUCACGUAUGCCUUGGCCGCGUGCUUCCAGGACUACGGGAAAAGGGUGAAAGCGGACGGAAAGGAGAGAGCUGUCAGAAAGUUUGCCAUCGACUUGAGGACCCCCGAGGAACAAGCUGCAGCUUCUGAUGGAGAAACGGAAGCGUAAUGGUUGCAAAAUUUAGAGAAUAUGAUACGAAUUGACUCUUUUAUAUUUCCAUUAUAUAUUUUUAUAGUUUCUGAAAUGAUGUAAAAGUGAGUGGUAUUUCAAACUCAUUUACUUACUGUUUUAUUCAUAAAUACUAUAUUUAUUGUUUUUUAGCUUCUCUUUUCUAUGGUUUUAAUGACGUAUCAAGUUUACGAUUGGUUCUACUGGUAUCUACAAAAUAAAUCGAAUUACAUUUCUGUACCUCAGAGCCAGACUAGGUUAAGUACAUUUUUCUCAAAAAUGAGUUUAAUAUGUUAAGCUUAUGACAAUAUUGUGAAUUUUAAUUAGCUACAUGCAGCGACCAUCUAUCUGUAGUAAUAACGAAGUUACGACUUUUUAACUCAUGUCAAGUCACAUACAACACAAUGCAGGAAAAAUAUUUUAAAUAGAAUUAUCUCAAAACGACUUAUUUGGACUUACCCUACUCUGAUUCUGAGGUGCACAUUUGGAUUAGAUACUUUGACGAUCGAUAAGAUACGUUUCCACUAUUCGUAAUUCGUGAAGUUAUAUAUUUUAUAACAGAUACUGUUUUAUAUGUUACACAUUUUAUUUAUAUUAAUUUGUUAUUUAAUAAAUGUAGUUUUUUAUACACUUAACUCUUUUCUCC